AUGGAUCUUGUUGCGGGUGUACGCAAAGAGGGCAGCCGCGGCGGCCGGACCGAGUUCAAAUGGUCCGAUGUCAAGGACUCGUCGCAUCGCGAGAACUAUUUGGGCCAUUCGCUGAUGGCCCCAGUCGGACGAUGGCAGCAGGGUAAAGAUCUUUCGUGGUAUGCCAAGGGCGAUGAAGGAGAUGAAGAAGCGCAAGCUCGCAAACAACGCGAAGAGCUCCAGCGAGUCAAGGAUGCCGAAGAAGAAGCCAUGGCAAUCGCCUUAGGCCUUCCUCUCCCUGCGAAGGCCGAGACGAAUGCCAAUUUGAUUCCCUUAGGAAGCAAGAAUGCCGAGGAAGCCGAUGGCGAUGUGGCCAGUGCCAGGGAUCCGGAGAAGGAUGGGCGCUCAAGCCGACGACACAGACGUGAUCGUAGUCGCAGUCCACGCCGAGAAAGGGAACAUAGGAAUCAACGAAUCCAUGACGGGGAAAGGGACCGCCAUCACCGAAGACACCGCCAUGGCUCACGAGACCGAGAUGAACCACGAAGACCACCUAUCUCGCAUGAGCUUGAUGAAGGGCGUAGGGGACGCGAUGAGCUGGAUCAAAGCAAUGAGCGGAGGCACGGCGAUGCGCGGAAGCACGAUGGCGAGCGCAGGCGCCAUGAGCGGGGCCGUAACGAUGAGCGCAGGCACGGCGAGGGUAGUCGCCGUGAAGACCGCCCUCGGAACUCUUCACAUGAGCGCCGGCGAGACUCCGAACGUCGCAGAUACCGAGUGGACGAUGAGACCAGACGACCUGAAUCACGACAGCGUGAACCUCGGCGAGAUGCUGAGCGUCGUGCGAAUCGAGAUAACAACUAUCGUCGGCACUAA